AGACAGGGGGGUAUGGAGACGGAUGAUCCGCUGUGGCGACCCCUAAUGGGAGAAACCGAAAACUAAGCAUCCAAUCCCUGGAAAGAACUCUAUCAUCUCUGGAAGAGUGGAACAAGACAGAUAAAGCAGAGGAGGCCUUGUUUAUACAACAACAGCUUCAUACUUCAGGCCGAAAGCAUGGAUACCUGACAACAUGGACAACAAAAAUAUCUGAGGUUCACGAGAAAUAAUGUCAGAAUUGCGAUAAAAAAAAGCCGAAUUAGGCAAAAAUACAUUUAUGUGGCGGAAAAGAUUUCCAUAGGAUUCAGGCCAAAGAAAGAGACAAAGUUUUGGAUCAUUUCAAACAAAAACAAAGAAAACGUCAAUAACUGUGAUGAAAAUGAUCAAACACUUUGAGAGUGUUUAUUUUUUUUUUAGGUUACAUUUACAGAAAUAGCUGGCUUGGCUGUCGAUACAAUAGACAGGUUAACAUCACUAGAAAUGACAAAGAAAUUAUAGUUUAAUUCUCUUAAAAUUGUUCCUAAUUAUAAAAAUAUUUUUUUUCUGAUCAAUUAUAGAAAUGUUUGCACUUUCGGUAAAAGACAGUCAUUAAACCCAGAUAUGUGCAUACAACUAAAUGGCCUGUCAGUCAGUAGGCUAUGGAUAAAUGCUGUUAAAGAUUAACAGUCUUCCUUUUAAUAUGUGAAAAAUAGUAGUUAUGCAAUGAGUAUUUUGACAAAAAUUAAAGCAAUGCCAUAGACAGUAGAUUUAGUCUAGAUUCAUUAAAAUUGUAACUGACUGAAGCUUAAACCAGUAUUUUGCCAUUUUCGGAAUAAUGUGUGGUAAACCAAAACACUGAUCCCCUCUCAAAUAUUGCCUCACAUAGAAAUGGUCCAAUCGAACAUUUUUCAAUUAAAUUACAAUACUGGUAUCAGAGCUCUAAGUAUAGUCUGGGGCUGAUCUUUUAAAACUCAUGUUAAACAUCAGGAACAUAAUGUGAUAGGAGUUUUUAUGUGCUGUGUUCAUGUCUAUGGCCUACUCAUGUCAGCCACCUUCACAGGACCAAAGACAUUUCAUUCAUUGCCCAGCAUAGGAGCAGAAUAAGUUACAGUCUGGAAAAAACAAGCAUUUUUAAAUAUCUUUUACAUGAUCACAGGUUUAAAGACACCUUUAAACAUAGCACACCACAUAUUUAAAAUUGUUAUGGAUGUUUCACAUGUCACAUACAAGUUGUCUAAUGUUUACAGCAUUUACAGACAAGUGGUCAUUGACUAUCAGACAUUUGUGUCACAUGACAGACACCUGUAUCCAAAGCCACUUACAAUUCUUUAAUUUAUGUAACUUAGCAGUUGAGGGUUAAGAGUCCCUCCUCAAGGACCCAACAGUGACAGUGCUGGGAUUUGAACUCAGCCAUUUGAUAAGUAUAAGCAUCUAGUGUCUUAGCCACUGAGCUACCACCCAGACCCUAGACCAGACAGGGACUCAGUAAAGUAUUUUAAAAGUCCACACCAACGAUUUAUGAAAUAAGUUAAACCCAAAAUUUUAAAUUUAAAUAGCUCAAUAACUCCAAAACAAUGUGGCGUCUGUAAACCGAGUUUGUGUUUCACUUUAUCCAUUAAUAUGCAUCCAUGUCAAUUGUUUAGCUAAAUUCAGGUCAUGAGAACCGAAACAACGAGCAUCAUUAAAAUAAAUGUAAGCUUGUAGGGCUGGGAUAAAAAUAUGGUUAAACUGGAGUCAUUUCAUGCGACUCUUGAAAUAGUUGCUAAAAAGGUCCUGAAAUCGGAAACAUCUGAAAUACAUCUUACAGCCAAACGCUCCAACUAGCUGUUCACUCAGAUUUCCGCAUUGAAGUGAAAUAUAAAAAUACAACCUUCUAUAUAGACACAUUUACUUACAACAAAAUAUAUAAAAGUUAUGUUUUUACAGUGUGAGACAUUAAAUAAUUCUGACUGAAAACUCAGCUAGGCUCUGCCUUCAAGUGCGCGCAAAAGUUUAUUUUUGCUAGCUUUAUUAAUAUAACUAAUCAUCUUGUAAACUCAAAGUUAAGUGACAGGUAGGGCUAUAAAAUGUAAGUGCUCACAUAUUAUUCGUUUAUGUAUUCUGAAGAUAAAAAAAAACAGUUAACGCACUAGACUGCUAGCAUAAUAGCUCAGAAAGAGCUCAACAGUUCAGAUGCCAUGUUGACCAAAACAAAAUGGCUGCCCAGAAGAUUAGUUGACAAAGUCAGGUGGCUUCAUUUAUAGUUUCUACUCUUCAGAGGCUAAAGAAAUGCUAUCUUGUGGUCAGUGUUUUACACUUUACAAGAAGACUAAAACUGUGGUUAAAUACAUGGGUGUCUGUUCUCCUGAGUGAUCAUGAUCAAGUUUCUGCUGAUGGUGAAUAAGCAGGGCCAGACUCGCCUGUCCAAGCACUAUGAACAUGUGGAAGUUGGAAAGAGAGCUGCUCUGGAGGCAGAUGUGGUCAAGGCCUGUCUGUUCAGGAAAAAAGAUGAGUGCUCAUUUGUGGAGUACAAGGACUACAAGCUGGUGUAUCGGCAGUAUGCAGCUCUUUUCAUUGUAGUCGGCAUCACCGACAAUGGAAAUGAACUCUCCAUUUAUGAACUCAUCCACAACUUUAUUGAAGUUCUUGACAAGUACUUCAGCCGUGUGAGUGAACUAGAUAUUAUGUUUAAUUUGGACAAAGUACACAUCAUUCUCGAUGAAAUGAUCUUGAACGGACACAUCGUUGAGACCAACAAGAACCGGAUACUUGCACCACUGCUGGCUUUAGAUAAGAUGGCAGAAGGAUGACUGAAACAGCUUUUCACCUGUUUGGACUGGUCUAUACAUAUCAUGGCUUUAACUACAAUCAGCUGACAUUUUAAUUAUGGAUUAUUUACUAUAGGUGAACAGUUGCUUUGCACAAUUUGGUGGCCCCUCUCUGUACUCAGUCCAGCUGAGGACAUACAUAGAAGUUUUUUCCAUGAAGAGCAGACCAAACUAUCUGUACAACCACAUCAAAAGUUUUGAAAAACCUAGUCAUUUUUCUUUUCUAUUUAAACAUACAUUCAUGUUGUUGUUUUUUUUGUUUAUAUGUAACUAACUAUAUAAAAGGCUGAACAUGUAAAUUGAACAGUUAUUUAUAUUAAGACAGGAUUUUUCAAUAAAAAUUAAGUUAAAACAAAGUAAACAAAUCUGUACACCAUUAAAAUAUCUAAUUUGUUGCAUAUAAGCAAAACCAUUAAAACACUGUUUCCAAACUUUUGACAGGCAGUGUACCAGGCAUAGAAGUCACAGUGAAGAACUACAGAAAUCACUUGUUUGUGGUGAUUGUUCUAUAAUUUUAGUCCAUACUAUUUUCAUUUGUUUUAUUAUUUGAAAUAUUCUGUUGAAUCAGAAAAUCUAUAUGGAAUAAACAGUGAUGAAACGGACAAAAGAAAUUGGCAUUCAAGUUAUUUCAGAAAACAUUCUGGGUUCUUUAUCAUGGAGGGGUACCAACAAAUUUGUCCAUGUCUGUAACUAAAAUUGCCUUCUGAAUUUAACAUCAACUUAAAGAUUGUCUAAAACAAGCAGCAGAAUGGACCACAACACUAAUCAUAGUUUGCAAACAAUUUAAUGAUUAUUUUGGAGCAUACACAUUUGAAAAUAUUUGUUUACUUCAAACUGCAACUUGAGUUAAAUAAAUGUUUAUAAUAUACAAAGAAAAUACAAGGAGAAGCAUAGCUUUUAAUUAUUUUUCCUUUUGUCUAAUGUGCCUUGCACACAACCAGUGUUUUGUUUCGUCGCUGUAGCUUCAUUGUAAAAUCACACAAAUGCAUUCUGAGUUCAAUCCUUUCAGAAGGGUGAUGAGCAUUUGAAACAUACAUAGUAACAGCACGGAGAAGAAAAAAAAAACUAGAACAGAAAAUAAGAGGGGCAGGCAGCAAGCAAAUGACUAUAUUGAACACAAAACAAAAUGGGAACGUUUCAAACAAGCAGGCACUAGAAAAAGUAAAACCAGAAAUUUUUUUUUACACUUGACAGUUAGCAGAAGCAGGUGCUUGCAUGCCCCUUGUGGGGAAACAGGGAUGUGUGUAAAUGUAAUACACAUGCUCUCAGAGCUUAAGUGUGACAGCAAAUUGAAAAUUGCCCUUGGCUACUAGCAACUCAAGCCCUUAAUGCAAUGCAGUCCCACCAACAGCUGUAAGUGGGGUAACAUGGACUGUAGACAUGGCCCUAUCUGUUUCAGUAGCUUGUGGAGCUGGCAUGGGCUUCCUUUUGCUUACAGAUGUAAACGUGUG